AUGGAAAGAGCGAAGGAGUACGCGAUUCGAUAUGCACAUGCCCUAGACAGUGCGAUAGGUAACAUCGCCAAGGAAGAACCAACUGUCGGCGAUCUCUAUGACGCGGUACAUGAGCCGAUAUUUGAAUCGGAAUUUUUCCACGAUCUUCCAGAUACCGCUCAAGAACCGACAUUUUCCGAACCUGAGCCAAGAUUCGUUGAAAGAGAACGAGCCAUAACGCCAGCGAGAAUGGCGGCCUGGCGAAUGAAGAAGGAGCUGGAAGAGAAGCUAAGAAAAUCGCCACCGAAGGGGGAAUUGAAGGAGAACAAUGCGGACCCGGCGAAAAAGCAGAAGAAAGUGCCGGUAAAGAUUACAGAAAAAACACGCGCUUCAGCUCUUAUCGUCGAUGAACCAGUCAGAGCGGUAAGGAAGGCAUUGUUCUUUUAA